AUGUUCACGCUUGUACUCCUGGUCGCUUCGACGUGCACUCUAGUCCGGGCGCGGCCGUCGCUCAACUACCUGGAGGAGCCCUACACUAAUGAGUCCGCCCAAUCCGGGCCGGAAGAGGUCCGCUCGGCCGCCAUCAAGAGGCUCCUAGCGGUGUUCGGCAUGGAUGAUCCGCCCGCUGCCGUCGCACACCGACGCAAACAGCCGCCGCAGUAUAUGUUGGACUUGUACAACACCGUGGCCGACGUCGACGGCGUGACCAAGGAUCCCUACCUGCUGGAAGGAAACACCGUGCGCAGCUUCUUUGACAAACUGCACAGUGAGCAGGUGGAGUUUCGGUUCAACCUGUCCACUGUCGCCAGAACGGAGAAGAUCCUCACAGCUGAGCUCCAUCUGUUCAAGCUUCGACCUCAACCCACACUUACGUUCAGUAGGCAUCACUAUUGUCAGGUUAGCGUCUACCAGCUGCUGGAUGCCACCAUAACCAACAGCACACUAGAGAGAAAGCUAUUGUCGUCACGACUCAUCCCGAUCCACUCCAACGGUUGGGAAGUGUUCACCAUCACUCAAGCCGUCCGCUCAUGGACGGUAGAAGAGGGCAGCAACCUGGGGCUCCAAGUGGUGGUGCGGACCCUGGGUGGCAGCCAGAUGGAACUGAAGCUGAUUCGCUUCGCCUCAGGACGCAGCCACCACCAGAGCAAGCAACCAAUGCUGGUGCUGUUCACCGACGAUGGAAGACGGCGGUCCACCACUCUUGAGGGCAUAGAUCCAGACAAUUCCCAGGUUACCUCCAUUUUGCCACAAACCGCCUUGGCCGCCCCUGCUUCAUCCCGCAGCGCCCGCUCCGUGGACCAGGUGACGGAGGAGGAGGGCGCGUUAAAGCCUUGCCAGCGUCUUCCCCUCUACGUGGACUUCGAGGAAAUCGGCUGGUCGGGCUGGAUCGUGUCACCGCGAGGCUACAACGCAUACCACUGCAAAGGCUCGUGCCCCUUCCCGCUGGGCCAGAACAUGAGGCCGACCAACCACGCCACUGUGCAAUCCAUCAUUAACGCCCUGAAGCUGAUCAAGAGCAUUGAGACGCCUUGCUGCGUUCCUGACAAGCUCUACUCCAUCAACCUGCUCUACUUUGAUGAUGAUGAGAACGUGGUGCUCAAGCAGUACAACGACAUGGUGGCAGGAAGCUGCGGCUGCCACUGA